GUUUUUAGACGAAUAAGCUUUUCUCUUCUGCAAACUUCACUUCUGACGGUGAAUCCGACGGCGGAGAAGCAAUCAGAACGGUUAAUGUGGACGUGCGAGGAUGAACACGGCUCAGAUUAGCGCGUGCCAGCCACGGACGGCCAUUUGCGGCAGAAAUGCAUUUGGAUUUCAGCUGCGGAAGUUAAAGCCUUCGAAUUUAGGUUUCUAUGGCCGGCAAGUGCCAAAGACUUGCUUGAAGCUAAGCUCGCAUGGCCAUGGCCGUCUUUUUUGCGCGCCCGUCUUGAAAUCCCGUCGCUCUUCGCUUGUCUGCUUGUCUAAGACGGGAGGUGAUAACGAGGAGGGUUCUCCAUGGAAAGCUUUUGAGAAAGCAAUGGGAAAUUUGAAGGGACAGUCAAUAGAGGAUGUAUUACGGCAGCAGAUUGAAAAGGGUGAGUUCGCUACAGAUAGAGAUGGCGGUGGUGGGCCUCCAAGUGGAGGCAGUGGGGGCGGUGGCGGCGGUGCAGAUGGCUCUGGUGGAUCAGAGGACGAAGGCCUUUCAGGAGUCUUGGAUGAAACUCUCCAAGUGGUUUUAGCAACUGUUGGCUUUAUUCUUCUGUAUAUUUACAUCAUCAGCGGGGAGGAGCUGAUCAAGCUAGCAAAGGACUACCUCAAGUACUUCUUCAAAGGAACAGAGAGUGUUCGUUUGAAGCGAGCCAUGUACCAGUGGAGAAGGUUCUUCCAGAAGCUCACAGAGAAAAAGGAGUAUGAUCCGUAUUGGUUGGAGAAGGAAAUCAUCAAUACUCCAACCUGGUGGGACAGCCCUGAAAAGUACCGCCACAUCCUUCGUCCUUCCACGCCAUCAACAUCAAAAUCCCCACCAGAUUCUUAUGAAGAAUCAAAUUCGUUUGACUCUUACGAGGAGUCAUAUCGGGAAGAUGAUUUUUAAGUUGUGUCGGUUGAUUUUCGAAGAUAAGAAAUCUAGUAUCAUAGAUUUGCCAUUGCUAGCGGUUGAGAAUAUCAAAGAGUAAAUUUGUAGUGUUGUGAAACCUGAUGAAACAAACCAGUAGCAGUUACAGCAUGAUGUUCAAUAUCAUAUCGCCUUCUAGUAUA